AGUCCGGGCGAAAGCCCCGGUAAACAACCAGGUACUUCAGGACCGGGUGGAAAUAAGGGACCAACGGGACCACCUGGCCCACCUGGGCCUCCUGGUUAUCCUGGGCCUAGCAACCCUGGAUCUAAAGGACCAGGCGGUAGUAAAGCUCCUGGUGGAAGCCCUGGUAAACAACCAGGCACUUCAGGGCCCGGUGGUCAUAAAGGACCAACAGGACCUCCUGGUGCUCCUGGCCCUAGCACGCCUGGAGCUAAAGGACCGGGAGGUGGUAAGGUUCCAGGUGGAAGCCCUGGUAAACAACCCGGCACUUCAGGGCCCGGUGGUCAUAAAGGACCAACAGGACCUCCUGGUGCUCCUGGCCCUAGCACCCCUGGUUCUAAAGGACCAGGCGGUAAUAAGGGUCCGGGUGAAAGCCCCGGAAAGCAACCGGGUACUUCAGCACCGGGUGGAAAUAAGGAACCAACAGGACCUCCUGG